GGAAACUGAAAAGUCAACCGUGCCCCAAAACUCCAACCGUACUUAGCUUUGAAUUAAUUUUUCUACUAGAAAAACCAAUUCUAUUUCAAUAAUUUUACAUUUAAAACAAUAAUAAACCAGUUGGAAAUAUUCUGCAAGUGCUAUUACAAAAGCGGAAGUGUUUUUUCACGGUCUAUUUCAUAUUGGAAAAAAAACAGACCAUCAAACAUUUUUUCUUUUUUUCUACUCCAAGUCAUCUUGUGUCUAGUUGUGUGAGUGAGUGUAUGGUGUGGUGACAAAAAUAUAUUGGUCUCUUUUUUUCUAACAAAAAAAAAAGUAAAAACGAAUACAACAAAAAAAUAUAACAAACACCCAUAAAAAAAGGUGACAAAAAGUGACAGAUCGGUUUUGAGGUUAUGUUUUGUGACCACUAUCGCUAUCAGUUUGCAAUUUUCAUCAUCUCUACCACAUAAUUAUUUUUUUUUACUCGACAAAAGGAAAAACCAACAAAAAAAUCGUCCUUUUUUUCAAAUUGAAAAAUUAUUUGAUAGAAAAUAUAAAUAAUCCUUUUUUUAGUAAAGUGAAUCACAAAAUCCAAUAAAACCAAUAAGAAGAGAAUUUUCAGAGGAAGGAACAAAAGAAUAAAACUCAAAAUGAUUAUAAAUCUUAAAGUGAAGACUCUGGACUCGCAAACACAUGAAUUCAGCAUUGACAAUGAGAUAACUAUAAGGCAAUUUAAAGAUAAAAUUGCCGAGAAGACAAACAUUGCGGCAGAGCAGCAACGUAUUAUUUAUUGUGGACGAGUUUUGGCUGAUGAUAAGCAAGUCAAAGAAUAUGAUGUCGAUGGAAAAGUCGUACAUGUUGCUGAAAGGCCUCCGCCAUCUUCUAGAACAACAACGAACACAACUAGCGGAGUUGGAAUUAGACGCUCGGAUUCUCGAGGAAUGCGCAAUUCUCCUCUUUUCCGAGCAUUGGAUGGCAUGGUAGUUGGUGCUAUGGCAAUUCCAAUGAAUGCUGGAGUUCAAAAUCCACAAACAACAAUCAAUCCAUUAACUUCAUCUUCGUCAUCUUUCUGCAUGAACCGAAUUACUGUUGCCAGACACAUGCUUAAUUGUGCCAAUAAUAUUGCAGCUUAUUUGGAAGAUCCAGAAAGGGGACUUAAUAACACAUCACUUGAUAUUUUGGCUCAAGGCCGUUGGACUAUGGAAUCAACUGUCGUCGAAGUUGGCAUUACUGAUAUUCAACAAAAUAACACUCAAAAUCUUGUCGAAGCUUUGCAAGGUGCUGUUUCAGCAGCUUUACGUCAGAAUGGCAAUGCCAAUGUUACAGUUGUUCAAUUGCCAACUGUAUUCAAUGGAUCUGAGACAUCUGAUACGGAUGCUCCAUCUUCAAACAGCGGUGCUAGCGAUUCAAAUGCACCCGUUGAACCAAUGGAUGAGACUACAUCGGAGAGUACUACCACAAAUGCUGAGGCAGAAGAAAAUGCCCCUGGACUUGAAUCAACUGAACCUAGCACACAGACAGACGAGAGUGCUCCAUCAGCAGCUGCAUCAUCAACUCCAAAUGCCGGUCAGAGUCCAAGUCGCCAAAGAACUGGAACACAUGUACUGGCUCAGGUUAUUCAACAAAUGAGAACAGUCCAAGCUCGUUUGAAUCCUUUUAUUGAUCAGUAUUAUGAGUUGUUGCAAAAUGAACCAACAUUUGAAGAAAAUGAUACAACAGGUCGCGAAAAUUCUCAAAGACUUUUCGAUAGAGUCUCAGAGGCUUUCCAUUAUCUUUCUCAUGCUCAGCAUGCUAUAUCUGAUUUAAUGUUGGAUGUCUCAAGACCAGCACCACGUUACUUAUGUUGUCGUCCAAUUUUAGUCGAACAAAGUGGCUAUGUUAGUUCGAAUAAUUAUACUACAUACAGUCCAUCAGGCAAUGGGCCAGUUACAAUUCAAACUGGAUCAUCAACUCCAAGACAACAAGCAGCAGCAGCCGCCGCUUCGGCAAGUUCCUCGACACCAGCUGCAUCAUCUGCAAGCUCAACUCCAGCUACAGCUACUGCUGCUUCAACAUCAGCAUCUGCUGAUAACUCAUCUGACAAUAGCAGCAGUGUAAGUGGUGGUGGACAAGGAGCAACUGCCACACCACCAACAACUCCAGCUAGUGCUCCAAAUGGAGUACAAUCUGCUAAUGCAUCUUCACCCAUUGCAGGAUUAUCAGAUGAAAAUGAAGUUGAGGUCGUACUUAAUCUUGCUCCAAGAGCAGUUUUCGUUCCUAAUCAUCAACUCCAAGUGGCACGACUUAUUCAAGCAGUUGUUAAUUCAGCUCCAAUUGAUGCAGACUUUCAUGUUCAAAUUAAUGCACCCAGCAUUCUAUCAAUUGGUGUGCCAUUGAAUGCAAAUAUGCGUGCCCAAGCAUCACAAUCCUCCUCUGCUACAGCUCCAAAUAGUACUCAAUCAUCAUCAUCAUCAUCAUCAUCAUCAUCGACAACAACAGAAACUUCUUCAACAGCAACAACAUCGUCAUCGGCAGCAGCAGCAGCAUCAAGUACUGCUACAACAGGAUCAGAUUCGAAUACAACUUCAACUGGUUUAAAUCAGGCUCGUGUUGAUACAACCACACAUCCAACCACAUCGACUCAAACACGCUCAACAGCUCGUCCACAAGUUCAAGUGUCAAAUAUUCCAUCGGCCUGGAAUAGUCGUGUGAUACCAGCAAAUAUGCUAUCAUCAUUUGAUAGAUUUUUACCCUGCAACAGUCAUCACAUUCGCGAUAAUGAAGCUCGUGAAAAUGGCACCAACAACAACAACAACAGUGUAGGUCAACCCUUCACACCACCACGUGUGCAAAGUCGUUUCAUACGUCGCGUUCGACGUCCCAAUUCGACUUCUUCACCUGGCAAUUUGGAUGGCAUUAGCAUUGCAUCUUCUGCCGCAUCGCCACGCUCUGCAUCACCAUCGGUGCGUAGCAGCAGUAGUAGCAGAGCAACUACUGCCGCUGCUGGUGCAAACUAUACACGCAAUUGCUUGCGAAAUCAACUAAUAUCUUUUAUCGGUGCGACAAUGUUUGAUGGUUCGCCAGUAUCCGAAGUUGGCAUGUCGGCAGCUGUCGAAAAAGCUAUCCAAUAUCUAAAUGAAAUUUUAAUCUUUCUGCCUCAAUACGAUACAACAGAAGAAUACAAUUCAAGGGCUUCGGUUGAGAAAUUGGUUCGUUUGAGUGUUCCCUUGAUUGUAAAUCUUAUCAAUGAUUCAACAGAAAGUUUUAAUUUCGAGUCCCGUUUGCGUGCAGAAUUCAAAACAUUAUUCGAUCGAUUGUUUGGAAUUCUUUUCGUUUGUGUGGGACAAAUCAAUGCGGAGUUGUAUUGGGCUCAAAUAAAGAAUAUUGUCUUGCUUGCAAUUCGUAAACGUUUUAAAGGUGAAGCUUUGAGCUUUUUGAGUAUUCAGAUAAAAGACCGUAAUUCCGAUUCUGUUACCGCACCAUUACUGGAAGAUGUCAAACGAUUCUUAGUUUCAAAAGACCCCAAAAAUAAGACAACAUCAAAUAAUGAAGAAAUACCCAUGGACAUAGAUUCUCCUCCAGGAUCUUCUUCAUCAAGUAGUCACUUUGAGAUGUCGACUCCACCACCUCAAGCCGAAGAAGAACUUCCACCAGUAAUUGUUGGUAGCCAUCCUUGGCACCGAAACUUUCCAGCAUCUUGGCUGCCAGUUAUUACACGAGAUAUUGCCCUACACCCACGAGAUAAUGUUCCACAACCACCAUUUUCAGAUGCAUACAUUUCGGGAAUGUCAGCCAAAAGGCGAAAGCUUAUCCAAAGUACGAAACCACCACAUGAUGUUAAAUCAUUGUUAGCUGAAAGUGUCCGACGUGCGAUCCAAACGACUGGUCUACAAAAUCCAUCCUCAUCGAAUCCUACUCAAAGCGCCGAUGAAAUUUCCAAUGCUAUUGCCACAGACACCACAGUGCAAGCUUCUUUCUGUGAAACCAUUCGUUCUGGUGUUAAGGAACGUCUCAAAACUGACACUGACUUUAAAGAAGACAAAUUUCCACAUACAUCGAAAUAUUUUAAUAAACAAAAUUAAUCAAUAUUUUGCGCACUCAAUUCAAUCAUACAAAACAACAAAUAAACAAAAAAAUGAAAAGAGAAAAAAAAACAUACACAAUUUAGUAGAUGAACACAAACUAAAAAAAAACUAAAAAAAAACAA